AUGGGAGUCACUUACAUACUACUCCAGGUGGCAGUGGCUUUGCUCGCGAUCGUGACCUACUAUGUCUACCGUCGAUUGUCGUACUUCAAGAGUCGCGGGAUUCCGCACGACACGCCACAUUUGAUUCUGGGAAAUAUGCAGGGCGUAUUUACUAAACGGAACGUGCACGAGAUUUAAAAAAAAUACUACGAAAAAUAUCGGGAGAGCAAGGUUCCCUUCGUUGGGUUUUACUUCUUCCAAAAGCCGUCGGCAUUCAUUUUGGAUCUGGACCUGGCCAAGCACAUACUGAUCAAGGACUUCUCAAACUUCAGCGACAAGGGUCUGUUCUACAACGAGAAGGAUGACCCCAUCUCCGCUCAUCUCUUCAACCUGGACGGACCUCAAUGGAAAGUACUGAGAAACAAACUAACUUCGACAUUCACCGCUGGCAAAAUGAAGUUCAUGUAUCCCACGGUGGUGUCUGUGGCCGAAGAGUUCAUAGCCGUCAUGCAUGAGAAGAUGAAGCAGAAUUCUGUUCUGGAAAUUCGCGAGCUGAUGGCCCGGUUCACAGUGGACGUGAUAGGCACAUGUGCCUUCGGCAUCAAAUGCAACUCUUUGCGCGAUGAAAACGCCGAGUUCCUAAGGUUCGGUAAACGCACGUUUGUGGACAAACGUCAUGGAUCCUUCCUGACGGGCUUCAUGACUAGUUAUCCGAAGCUGGCGAGGCGUCUGCGACUGGUGCGAACGCCCACGCACAUUCGGAACUUUUACGAGCGUAUUGUCCAUGAGACUGUGGCUAUGCGGGAGAAGGAAAACAUUAAGCGGAAUGAUUUCAUGGACUUGCUCAUUGACAUGAAGAACCAAAAGGUGAAACUGGAGAAUGGCGAUCUCGUCGACGGUUUGACUAUAGACGAGAUACUUGCCCAGGCUUUUGUAUUUCUUAUUGCUGGCUUCGAGACUUCCUCCUCCACCAUGGGAUAUGCUCUGUAUGAACUGGCCAAGCAGCCGCACAUACAAGACAAAGUUAGGGCUGAGGUGGAGGAAGUCCUGGAGCAGCAUGAACAGAAAUUCACCUACGAGUCCACCAAGGAUCUCAAGUACCUCGAGCAGGUUAUCUUUGAAACCCUACGGCUCCACACUAUUGUACCCCAUUUGGAUCGCAUGGCUCAUAAGCGAUACGUUGUGCCCGGCCAUCCAAACUUCGUCAUCGAAGCUGGCCAAUCGGUGAUCAUUCCAGCAUCGGCCAUACACGUUGACCCCAACAUCUAUCCGGACCCGUAUAAGUUCCGUCCCGAGCGUUUCUCACCCGAGGAAUCGGCUAAGCGAAACUCGUUGGCCUGGCUACCCUUUGGUGAUGGUCCUCGCAACUGCAUUGGACUUCGAUUUGGAAAGAUGCAGACUACCAUUGGCCUAGCUUUGCUCAUAAAGAAUUUCAAGUUUUCGACAUGCCCAAAAACUCCGGAUACUUUGUCUUACAGUCCCAAAAGUUUUGUGCUUGCUGUAGACGGUAUUCACCUCAAAGUGGAAGCAGUAUGACCAAGUAAUAUCUGCUAUUAUGUAUUUCAAAGAUCUAAAGAGGAUAACAUCAGUCACUUAAAAAAUG